CAACCUGCUCCGCCCGGUAGAAACGGUGGUUCACGCCCAGCACCACCGGCUGGCCCACGCAACAUUCCCGGUCAGCCAGGCGAUGAUCAUGUGCAUAUGCCCGGCAUGCCAUUCGAAUUCGAGUAUGCUGUCCAGGACCCAGACACGGCCAACGACUACGCGCACAAGGCUUCCAGCGAUGGCGAUGUGGUGACUGGCGAGUACCGCGUCCAGCUGCCCGACGGGCGCACUCAGGUGGUGCGCUACACGGCCGACUGGAAGACUGGCUACCAUGCGGACGUCAGCUAUGAGGGCGAGGCUCAGUAUCCACAGGGACCAGCAGCUGGCGGMCGCGGUGGCGGCGGCGGCGGUGGUGCCGGUGGCUACAAGUACUAGAAAGAGAAAGAGAAGGAGAGAGAGAAAAGGAAAGAGAGAGAGCAGGGAGCAGGGAGCAGGAAGCAACGCUCGGUCCGUAUCGCGUUUUGAGUUAUGUCUGUCGUCAUUAUCUUGUUGUGAAUUCCAUAACAAAUGUCUAAACUUUA